GUAGCACCACACUUACGUGUUCCCUGCACAGACCACCACCAUCACCACCAAGCAUGAGGCUGAGGUUCCUGGUGGUGCUGCUGGUGCUGCUGGUGGGCGUGGCGGCGGCUGCGUCACUGCAAGAGACCGACGCUGACGUGGAACAAAGGGAGGCUGACGAGGACGAGGCGAGGAUUGGGAACACUCGCGACGAUGAAGAAGAUGAAGAAGAUGAAGAAGAUGAGGACGAUGAAGACGAUGAAGACGAUGAAGACGAUGAGGAGGAGGAGGAUACACUGAAAACAAGAGACGAAGGUGAUCCAGAAGAAGGUGAAAAGCCAGUUGUCUUUCCUGGACUGGCGAGAAGCGCCGGUACUAAUGAGACGGAUGCUGUAGAAGGUACAGGUGAGGCGCAGGAAAGGCUGCUGAUCAAUUUGGUGCCGAAGUGUUCUCUGCAGAAGACGUGCCAGAACCGGCAGGGGAACUGCAGGACUGAAUGGUGCUCGCGCUGGGAGGAGGAGGUGCCCGGAGGAUGCAGUGGCCAAGGAUGCAGGUGCUGUGCUCGUAGGACUGCACCUGUGUGCAGUAAGGACUACAGGUGUGACAGGGAGGGCGGCGAAUGUAAGUCUGAGUGUGCGUGGGGCGAGCAUCCUACUGCGUGGGCCGUGUGUCAAAACCAGGGCUGCAAGUGCUGUGUGCCCGACAAGAGAGUGUGUGUGACGGGGUACCACUGCCAGAACAGAGACGGAAGAUGCAAGGACAAAUGUGAUGCUAAUGAGUUUGUUGCUCCGGAGUUGUACUGCUCUGGUCAAGGAUGCCACUGCUGCUGCCCGCGCCAACAACGCUGCCCCGCUGACAGCAGCUGUAGGGGACCAAAUGGAGAGAGGGGAGAGUGCAAGGAGAGGUGCAGCUUCAGCGAGACGGAGCUGGGCGGGUAUUGUAAAAACAGCAAUUGUAAGUGCUGUGUGACCAACCCCAAACAGUGUGUGCGGGACUGGCGGUGCAAGGAGGCCGGCGGGGUGUGCAAGGAGUGGUGUGGGAGCAACGAGAAGCUUUUGAACGCUGGGUGUUACGGUGGACCACACUGUCAAUGCUGCGUCCCGGCCAAACCCCCACAGCCCAAGUGCAUUGACGAGUGGUGCAGGGACUCUGGCGGACAGUGCAAGUCGAUAUGCAGCUCAGAUGAGGAGGAAAUCAACGGAGCCUGCAAAGGAGAAAACUGCUGGUGUUGCGCGCCCAGACAACCUCAGUGCUGGAGGAAGAAGAAAUGCAAGAAGCAAGGCGGCAAAUGUCGGCAGAACUGUUUGGGGAACGAGCGCUUGGUGGCGAACGGAUGCGAGGGAAAGGACUGCUGGUGUUGUGUGCAGAAGAAGUGCAAGAACAACAAGAGGUGCGACAAACAUGAGGGUAAAUGCUCCAAACAGGUGUGUGACCCGGAGUGGGAUCGCAUUGUUCCUGGCGCUUGCUUCGGAGGGGAUGACUGCCAAUGCUGCGCCCCCCAGAAGUGUAUCAUCUCUGGGCGGUGCGCGUAUCACAACGGUGUGUGUCGCAAGAAGUGCCGGAAGGGAGAGUCAGCUGAUCCUUACGGCGGCUGUCUUGGGAGUAUCUUUGGCGCGAAGUGUCAUUGCUGUGUGCCCUCAUGGAAGAUGUCAGAGAUAUCAGCUGACAAGAACUUUGAAGUCUUUGAUGAUGAAGAAUAAAACCUGCACAACAUCACCUGGCUGACAUCACAUGGCUGACUUCACCUUGCUGACUUCACCUGGCUGACAUCACCUGGCUGACAUCACCUGGCUGACUUCACCUGGUUGACAUCACCUGGCUGACUUCACCUGUGACCUCAACCUAGCAUUUCGUAAUCCUUCAGCUGUUUCGACAUUUCUGGUUAGCAUUUGAACCUUCCCAGUAAUUCUGUAGCAUUUGAACCUGUUAGUAGAGUAGUACAACAGUGUUUGAUCCUCUUUAGUGGGAUUCAGUAGCAUUGGAUCGCCUUUAUUGCAGUAAGUUGUGAUUUUAUCUCUAUGUGCAGUAGGUAGUAGGCUCAUGUCUCCUGCUUAUUGGUAUUUGAUUCUCUUAUUAUAUGUAUUGGAACUUGACAUUAAAUUCUCCAUUAUAGCAAG